AUGGAACUUAAGUCAAACUUUGGUACUUCAAAAAGUUCCUUAGACUCAGAUCGAUCUAUUCUUGACAAAUUGUAGACAGAGAUGAAAGGAAUCUUUUUCAGAGUUAUCCAAUUAAUGUUAAAAGAUGAAGAAUAAUCUAUUCCUUUUACAUGUAUUGGUAUUGUGAUACAGUAUAUGCAAAUAACUUAUAUCAUCUUUAAUCGUUAGAUUUGGAAGGUGUGGUAAAAUGAAAUCAUAACUAAACAACUGAAUAAUAUCUUUGGGUAUUAUUAGAUCAUUUAAUUUUAUAGGUAUGUCCUAUUGACUCCAUAUUUUGAAAUGGUUAGUUUUUCAGGAUUUGUUGCCAUGAUGUAUGUAUGUUUGGGAUUGCUUCUCUUUGCUAUGAUGCUGAUAUUUUUGCUGAGCUAUAGUAUCAGUAAAUCUAAAUCUUCAUUUACAUGGCCAAUCAUGUUGCUCAGAUUUUUAAUGUCUUUAUUUUUAUAGGUGUUUUAUAUGCCAAUCAUUGAUUUACUAUUCUCAAUGUUAUCAUGUAAUACUAAUCAAAAUGGUGUACUUAUGCAUGUACUCUUUGAUUUUGAAUGUUGGGUAAAUAUACAUAUUGUCCAUUCUGUCGUAGCAAUUUUCGGAGUUAUUUUUUUUGUUAUUCUUUGUUUACACUUCUCAUUACUUUACUUCGAACCAAGAUAUUAACCUCUUGAGGCAUCCUCUAAAUUGAGCGGAAGAGCCAAUGCUGUUUUCCUUAUUUACUAAUUAAUUAUGGUAAUUUGCUAUACCUUCAUGAAUGGCAGGAAUUAUGAUUAUUUGAUGAUUCUUAUUAUGCUUAUAGGUAGCUUUAUUAUUUUUUGGAAAAUACACAUAGAAUAACCAUUUAACAAUCUAUACAUCUAGAAAGCAUGGUCUAUGUUAGUUGCAUUAAAUUUAUGGGGAGUAAUUCUAAUCUGUUUUGCCAAAUUUCUUGAAGGGGUUUUAUUUAUUGGUACCGUUUAUGCUUGGAUAGCCGGUUUACCUUUAAUGAUAGCUGCAAUCAUCAAAAGUGAAAAAUUACAUUAUGAUUUGCUGUUAUUAAAUUUAAACAAAGUCUAAGAUCCUGACUAAAUUGUGUAAUUAACCAAUUAUCUUCUCAAACUUCUAUACAAAAGUCCAUUAAAUUCAAAUUGUUCUUUGUUAAUUGAUGGUUUCUUAGAAAUACAUAAAGCAACAUGUACAAGAGAGGAUUGUUAUCUUAAGCAGAAAAAAAUGAUUAAUUAAAGAUAGUAGAAACCACUCUUUAAAGAAGGCACUAUUAUUGAAAGAGACAUCGAUCUUUUAAUGGUCAUGGCCUAGAUCUACUUUAACUAAAUUAAAAAAUUUCCUAAUGAAAUCAAUCUUAGAAUACGUUAUGCUUUUUUUUUAUUAGACAAUAUGAAAUAAAGACAAUAAGCCAUUAAUGAACUCAUAUAAGCUGAAACGUUGAGUCCAAGUCUUGAUAAUGAUUUUGUGAUAUUUAGAUACAAGAAAAUUAUUGAAGAAGAAAUGAAUGCAGCAUAAAAUGAAACUUUAGGUAAUUUAGAUGUAGCAACAGAAAUAGCAUUUUAAAAUAAUAUGAGAAGUUUUUAAAAUAAAAUAGAGAGAGCAACAUUAAUGCAUAUGGAUUUUUGGUCAUAAUUAUAAGAAGAUUCACCUGAUUUAGGUAAAAUGAAUGAUAUUGGAUCUAAAAUUAAUUUAGCUAUUACUUAAGUUGAAGAAUUAUGGAAUAAAAUGUAAAAAAUGACUUAAAAUUUACCUAAAGCUAUGAGAUUAUAUGCUAAAUUUAUUAUUGAAGUACUUUAAGAUAAAGAAUAUGGAGAAUCAUUAUUAGAUAAAUCUAAAUUAUUAUAAACAUAAAAUAAUAAAAUGAAAAAUAAAUAAAGUAUACAAUUAAUUAGUAGUGAUGAAAUUGGAUAUGAAUCUCAACCUAUAUUAUUAGUAUCAGCAGCUUAAGAAAAAUUUGCUUAAAUAAUUAAUUUAAAUUUGGCUGCUUGUAAUUUAUUUGGGUACAAUAAAUCUGAAAUGAUCAAUAGGAAAAUCAAUAUUUUUAUGCCCAAUCUAUAUUCUAAAUUUCAUGAUGCUUAUGUUGAAAAUUUCCUUUAAUCUAAUGAUAAUAAAAAUAUUAAUAAAGACAGAUUAAUUUAUAUUAAAAUGAAAUCUAAUUAUAUUAUGCCAUGUUAUAUUUAUUUAAAAAUCAUUUAAUCAUUAGAUGAAAAUGUAUCAUUAGCUGCUUAGUUUAGAGUAUUGAAAAGUUUUAAACCAACUUGCUAUUUAAUUUUAGAUAAUGAAGAAAUAAUAGAUUCUAUUUCAUCAUCAUGUAUUCCAUUAUUAAAUCUUGAUUCUAAAUAGAUUUCUCAUAAGAAAACUUCAAUUUCAGAAAUAUUUCCAAAUUAUCUUUAAUAAAAAUAGAUAUUUCUAUCAAAAACAGGUGGUCAAAUAUUAUUUAAUUUGGCUACUUCAUCUGCUGUAAGUAAUAGUCAAUUAGCUUCUUAAGAAUUUGAUGAAGGUGAUAAAAAGGGUGAAUGUAUAUAAUUUUAGUGUUUUACUUCUGAAGUAUUUAAUGAACUUGGAGAUCAAGUUGUAGGCUAUAUUGUAAAAUUGGAAUAAUAAAUUUAGGAUAUUAGUAUGAAUUUAGAAAUUAAUUAACCUCAAUAAAAAGUACUAACAAAUAGUAUGUAAUUUAAAUUUAAUCCAUCUAAAUUCUUAUAUUAAGGGGAAUUUGUAUCUGAUUCUAAUUCUUAAAGAGUAGAUUAAACUAUUUUAUGGGAUCAAAAUGAUUAGUCUUCUAUGAUUUCAUCAGUAUAACCAGGUGUUGAUUUAAUUAAAUCUCAAAUUAAGUCAGAAAGAUCAGAUGAUGGUAAUAUCUAAAUUUAAUCAAAAAUAAAUUAUGCAGAAGGAAUUAAAAUAGUAAGACUUUUUGAGAAUAGAGUUUAAGAUAUUGAUGAUAAAGAUGAUAUGAUAUCUGAAGAAGAUGAUCAAUAAGGAAGAAGUGUUUUUUAGAGACAAUAAGAUGUAGAUAAUGAUCAAGAUGGAUAAAUAUAAGAUUUUAAUAAUAUAUUUAAAUCAAGAAAAAAUCUUUCUUUAAUUGUCAAUAAUUAAAUUACACCUAAAGUAAUAAAAUAAUUAAGUUGGACAGCUAAUUUUAUUAUAUUAUUAUUAGUAGCACUUAGUUUUUCAGAUUUUUUUGUUUGUUAAGCUUAAUAUGAUGAAAUUUAUUAAACUUUAGAAUUGGUUGAAUUUACUAAUUUAAGAACAGCUGAAUUACAUUCUAUAUUAACAUCAGUGUAAAAUCUAUAAAUGUUAAAUUUAAAUAUUUUUUAAAUUAAUUCAACAGAAGCAAUUAUAGAAUUUGAAAAAACUCAAAAAACGAAGCUCAAUAAUUCAAUUUAAUUAGUUUCUUAAUUGAAUAAGGAUUUAAUGUUAUCAAAUAUAUUCAUAAGUGAUUAAUUAAAUGAAUUAUAAAGUAAAGAUGUUGUGAAAAUGAAAUUUGGAGAACAAUAUCAAAAUUAUGAUCUCAUGGAAGCUACUGAAUAAAUAGUUAGUAAGGCAUUAAAUAUUAGGGAUAAAUAAUUAUCUAAGAUUACAUAUGAAGAUGAUGAUGUUGAAUUUAUAAUUUACAAUUUGUUAAAUGAUUUAGUUUUUUAAAUGAGAAAUUCAAGUAAUCUCUAUGCAAAUGGAUUGACAAUAAAAACUAGUGAAAAAAAGGAAACAUUUUAAAUUAUUUUAGGAAUAUCAGCAGGAGCUUUAGGUUUAGGAUUAUUGAUGUUGACAAUUAUUACACUUUCAGUAAAUAAAAUUUAAGAAGAAAUUCUAUCAAUGUUUUUAGAUAUUCCAGAUAAAACAGUAAAGUAUUUAUACAACAAAAGCGAAAAUUUUAUCUCAAAUCUCUAAUUAGGUGAAGAUGAUGAUGUCUUAUCUGAUUUAGAAGAAUUAGAAAAAGAGGAGUAGGAAGAAUUAAACAAAACAUUAAAAAGUAAAAGAAAAAAGAAAAAAUUUAAAAAUACAAAUAAAGAAUAAAGAAACUAUAUUUUUGCAUUCUUUUUUGUAAUUCUCAUAAUUUAAGCUUACUUUAUUUUUAAUUAUUUUAUGAGUGAUACAUUACUAAGUAAUUUAGCUUAAUUAGUUCCAGAGAUUAAUGCUACAAGUAGAGCUGAAGGUUUUUAUAGAUUUUCAGAUAAUGCAUAAAGAUCUUUAUAUAUUAAUAGAAAUAUCACAAUUGAAAAUGAUGAUUCAUACAAAAAAGUGAAAGAGAAUAUAGAUAAACUUUAUGCACUUGAUUCUUCAAUUCAUUAAGAGCAUUCUCUAAAUGUUGAUAUUACAAAUUCUAUAUAUACUGAUGCAUUCAAAGAGUUAUUUAUGUUGUAACCAUGUACAAUCCUUUCCUCUUACUUAGAGGACUUAGAAGAACCUGAUUGCUAAGCUUUUGCUGAUGGUGCAAUUUAUUAAGGUAUGGCAGUAGGAAUGGCAAGGUAUUUUGAAAAUUUAAGAUAUAUUAUGACAAUAUAUGAUUAAUUUUGGAAUAAUACUAAGGCCAACUUUACAGUAAUAGCAAGAGGAUUUACUACUUUUAAGAAUAUUACAAAGAACUCUGAUAAUAUUAGCAAUUUUAUUCUCAAUUUAAAUAAUUUCAAUUAGUCAAAAGAAUCAAGAGUAAUCCAAGAAGUUUAUAAUAGAGGUAAAAAGUGAAUUAUUAAUUUUAGGCACAUUUAGAUAUUUAAUGAAUAAGAUGUAAAUAUCAAUAGGUAAAGAUAUUGAAGAUGCAAAAACAUAAAGAUUAGCAUUAUUCAUAGUAUUUGAAGUGUUGUUAUUUGUGAUUUAUUUUAUUUUAUGGUUACCUCUUGUUUUAAAGUUGACCAGAGAUGUUUGGAGAACAAGAUCAAUGAUAAUGAUGAUACCUUUAAGAGUUAUACAAAAAAUUAGAUCAAUUAAAUAAUUUAUUAAGGAUUUUUUACACACAAAAGAAUUAGAAGUUUAAUGA